AUGGAACAAAAUAUCAAUACUCUAGAGGGAUUAAAUGGCAGGAAAGGAGGUAUGGAGCUUUACUUUUUUUGUUUUGUGUCUAGAUUGACUGGAUAUUGUUGUGAGGGCAUUAUAGUGGCUAGUAUAAUAUAGUUUUGGCGAAUUCUCUGGGGAAAAAUGGACCAAGUAGAAAAUGAGUACCCCAAAUUAUGUUGGACAUCUAGAGUGACCUGUUUUGUGAGUAAAUACAAUGAAAUAUUUGGAUGAAGUGCAAAUUUUUGAAUUUGACCACUCUCGGCUUUUAUAACAUUUUAUUGAUGCCCAAAAUCCUCUAGGUCCAACACCACCCAAGAUCACAGCGUCAGGAACAAGAUCAGACGAAGAUGCUCCAAACCAAGGUUCCUCAAAUUUAAUUUUCGAAAUGAGCCACGAGCCGUCCUUGGUAUGGCGACGGAGCUCAAGUCCGAAUACGAAAUUCAUCAACGAUUUGCUGGCCAAGGGAUUAAGUCCGUAUCAAAUACUCCAAUCCAUGGCGCCAACAGGAUGUCAAGUGCCUAAAGAUCUUCCAGUCGAGGUCAUUUUUAGAUUGUUGUUUGAAUUGAUGGACGAAAAAUGCUUCCGAAAACGACUGCCUCAAUAUCAUGACUUUUCACAAGCUGUGGAGUUGUUCAAGUGAGCUAUUUUGAUUUGAUUUUUUUUGGUUUUAGGGUCGAAAUGGAUGAAAACGUUUGGCGGUCAAAUUUUUGGCUUUUGACAGGCAUCUCUUGAGUUUCUGGACCUAAAUUUACCCCUAAAAUUUCAGGGAAGCCAAAAGAAUUCUAAUAAUCACUGGUGCUGGUGUGUCGGUCUCCUGUGGGAUCCCCGACUUCCGAUCUUCCACUGGAAUUUACGCGACGUUAAAACAAAAAUUCCCCGAUCUUCCGCAGCCCACGGCCAUGUUUGACAUUGACUUUUUUCGUCGAAGACCCGAACCUUUUUUCUCAUUCGCCAAGGAAAUAUUCCCCGGAGUCUAUCAACCCAGCAUAUCACACAUGUUUAUAAGGUUCCUGGAGGAAGAGGACAAAUUGUUGAGAAAUUAUACGCAGAACAUUGAUACGUUGGAAAGAGUGGCCGGGAUUGAGAAUGUGGUCGAAUGCCAUGGCUCAUUUGCAACGGCAACUUGUUUGUACUGCAAGGAGAAGUAUGUCAGUGAUGAUAUUAAAGAAGAUGUUUAUGCACAGGUGAGGUGAAAAUUUUUUUGAAAGUUUUAAAUUUUUAGAGGGUUGCGCACUGCCGAAAAUGCCUAACUGGAGUAAUAAAGCCGGAUAUUGUAUUCUUCGGCGAAGAUCUUCCCGACAAGUUCCAUAGCCAGAUGGGAGAAGACAUUGACAAAAUUGAUCUGGUCGUAGUCAUAGGGUCGUCUCUCCGAGUACAGCCGGUCUCAUUAAUACCCCAUCAUGUGGAUCCAAAAGUACCUCAGAUCUUGAUCAACAGAGAGGAUCUUCGACCCUACGACGCGGAGAUUAAAUUGCUGGGAGAUUGCGAUGAAAUUAUUUUGGCAUUGGCGAUUGCAAUGGGAGGAAAUAUCAGGGAGAAAAUGAUGAAUGGUAAGCAAUUGGAAGGAGUAUUUGAUGGUUGGCUAUUUGAGGAAUCCCCGAGGGAUUCAACUUGAUUAUAUUUGGUCUUGGGGAAUGCCCGAGGGAUUUUAAUCGGCAAAAAAUGGGCUGAUGAGGGGAUUUUUUUGAGGUUGACAUAAAGAUUGUGACGAAUAUUUGCGUAAGAUUUGUUGGAGUCAAAUUUGAGCUCAUUUUGAUAGCUUUUGCAACCUUUUUAUUGACUGAAUGUACUUCCAACGUACUUCCUACAGUGACGGACCUGAUUCAGUGGCAAAAAAAGUACCAUUUUGCGUCCGGGAAGUAUCAAAAAAUGCAGCAAAAUACCUCCCUCUAAAAGUGAAAAAACUUCGAUUGCACGCCCUUUACAAUCGAGUUUUUUAGUCGAAGAGGGAGGCAUUUUGCUACAUUUUUUGAUACUUCCCGGAUACAAAAUGAUACGUUUUUGCCACUAUAUCAGGUCCGCCACUGUAAGAAGUACUUUGGAGGUAUAUUCAGUCAAUUAAAAGGUCGAAAAAGCUAUCGAAAUGAGCUCAAAUUUGUUUCCAACAAAUCUUACGUUAUUCAUCUAAAUCUUUGUUUCGAACUUCAAAAAACCCCCUCAAUUUUUGCCCCUGGAUAAGGUCCACUGUAGAAUUUUUACAAUGUUAUUUCAGAAGUUCGAAAUCGCAAAGCGUUUGUGGACCGAAUCCCCGAAUUGGAAGCCCUGAUCGACCAAGAAAAGGAUGGAGGAAAAAUCGCUCUAAAAGUUUUGCCAUCAGAAGAUUUCCUCAACGAAUACAGAGAACGAAAGGAGGAAUCAGAAGAUGAAGAGGAGGUCCCAGCGAAGAGAGCGAAGAUUAAUAACGCAGGAGAUAAUAGUCAGCCGGGGUCAUCCCAAAACGGAGAUGACCAAAGAGAAGAUUCAGAAGAAUUGGGGGAAAAAAAGGUUAAUGGAAAAGGGACCGAAGUUGAUGAACAAUUAUGUGAAAAGCCAUCGUCGCUUUGGGAAACGAAAUACAUUGCAGUGGCCUCGAAAUUGAAGGGUAAAAAAUGAGUUCAAGUUUUCAACGUAAAAACGAAAUUUCAUCAGAGACGAACUUUUAUUUGAUUCUGUCAGAUCUAUAGAAUAUCGGGAUUAGCGGAAUGUACAAUAUAAAAUUGGAAUAUCUUGGGUAUCAAUGGCCAAUUUGGUCUUACAAGAGAUUCAAUAAUGGCUGAUAAUCUCACAAAGGCGGUUAGUUUUCAGCCGGCAAAAAAUCGAACUCUCUGUGUAAAAUGAAAGCAUAAAGUUUGAAAAUUUCGAUAUGUCAUCUACAGUGGGGACCUGAUCCAAUGGCAAAAAACGUACCAUUUUGCAUCCGGGAACUAUCAAAAAUGUGGCAAAAUGCUUCCCUCUCCAAGUGAAAAAAACUCCGAUUUCAAAAGCGAUCGCGCUCUUUUUGUGAGGGAAAGGGCGCGCUCUUCAAAACGAAGCUUUUUUCACUUGGAGAGGGAAGAAUUUUGCCGCAUUUUUGAUACUUCCCGGAUGCAAAAUGGUACGUUUUUUGCCACUGGAUCAGGUCCCCCACUGUAUAUCGAGAGGUGGCAAAAAUUUUGAAAGAAUGUUGACGAAUACUCUUCGAUCCAUUGCUGUACCGAAUUCAAUCGACUAAACAAUAAUUUUCGAUUGUUUUGUCCAUUGUGAUUGAUACAGCAAUGCAUGGAAGGGGGAUUUGUCAAGUUUAUUUCAAAAUUUUUGCCACUUCUCGACGUAGAUGACAUGUCGAAAUUUUUAAAUUUUAUGCUUUCAUUUUACACAAGCAGUUCGAUUUUUUGUCGGCCGAAACUAACCGCCUUUGUGAGAUUAUCAGCCAGUAUUGUAUUUCUUGUAAGGCCAAAUUGACCAUUGAUAUUCAAAAUAUUUCAGUUUUAUAUUGUACAUCCCGCUAAUCCCGAUAUUCUAUAGAUCUGACUGAAUGAAAUAAAAGUUCGUCUUUGACGAAAUCUCGUUUUUACGUUGAAAAAUGUGCAAAAUUUAUACCGCGUUCGGUUUUAUGAAGUCCGAAAUUUAAACGGCAUGCAAAGCUAAAAUUGAAUUUCCAAAUUUCAGGCCUAAUGUACGCGAAAUUCCCUCCAAAUUUGAAUAUCUUCAAAGGCGCCGACUUCUACCUCGACCUGGACGCCGGCACAUUAGGCCCUCUUCCUCGACGAAGCGACCAUGAAGUCUUUGAAGAAGAGGAAUCACCUCCACCGUCUUCAAUCUCAACCCCCUCCAGCUCUCCCCGUCCACGAUCUCUACCCGAUGAGAUAACCUCAAAUGAAUUCCGAGACUUUUCAUUCGACGACCGCACCACACAAUCGCUACCUGACUUUAGUGAUAGCGACGAUGGCAGCCCCUAA